AUGACUGCCACAACCCUGGCCAGCUGCGUGCAGAAGCUUUCCAACACCAAAGAGGAAAGGAAGUUAAGAAAACCUUUGAUUGAAAGAAAACGAAGGGAGAGGAUCAACAACUGCUUGGACCAGCUCAAGGAGACUGUUGUUGGGGCCUUUCAGCUUGAUCAAUCUAAACUUGAAAAAGCAGAUAUCCUCGAAAUGACGGUAAAGCAUAUCCAGAAUAUCCAAAAUAGCAAAGUUAUGGAUUCCAAAAUGGGGUUGGAAGCUCAGCAGAGGUACAGCACUGGCUAUAUCCAGUGUAUGCACGAAGUCCACAAUCUCCUCCUGACCUGCGAAUGGAUGGACAAGACCCUUGGGGCACGGCUACUGAACCACCUGCUGAAAUCCUUGCCCAGAUCUAGUGAGGAAACCUGCAAGGCAGACUUGAGUUCUACCACCCCUGGGAAUAGCAAGGGGAAUAGCACAGGGUCCAACCAAUCUCAGGAUCAGUUCCACCCCGCCGAAGACAAGCCCGGGUUGAAAAAGCCACUCCAGCCCCAAACACCCUCGCGUUGUAAUCAGCGCGAGUCGUCUCCUCCCGGUCAGAUCCUGCAAUCUCAUUUUGCACACAAUGGCAUUAACAUGGGGUCAUUAGACAUGUGGAGACCGUGGUAA